ACUUGCUUCCUUCGUGUUACCAUAAAGUUGCCAAUUAGUUUACUAUUGAUUCAAGUGACCUCUCUUAUCACUUCGAGAAGCAGCAGGGUGCCAAACUGAACUCUUAUUGUUUGUGUUUGCUUCAGUGGUUGUGCCCGGUGGGAAAUAACACGACAAUAACAGUGUGGAAUGAAAUAGCGAACGGUUCUCUACACAGCAUUUUCCACUGUGACUAAAGUGCGCGGAGGUUCGUUCGCCGGCCUGAUAAGCGAGAUUUUCAACUCCCCGUAGUUGAGUUGUUGAUUGUGAAUACGUUCGUGGGUUCAGUAGAACAAGCAUAUUCAUCGAGUUCAGUACACGUUUCUCUCGGGUUGAGAAGGAUCCACCUCUGCAUUUCAGUGCCCAAGAUGGUGUUAUGUCAUAUCCGUACGUCCCUGCGGUUCGGCCAGCUGGUGAACGUUGCCGUGAAGUCACAUUACGGGUACCAGUGGCGGUUUCUCAGUACCAGUAGUUUACUACUGAAAGAGAGGUUAUACACUGAUAAACACGAAUGGGUCUCGGUCGAGGGCGAGGUCGGCACGGUUGGCAUUUCGCACUUUGCUCAGGAUGCUCUCGGUGAAGUGGUGUUCGCGCAACUACCGGACCCUGGAACGAAGCUAUCACGGAAGGACGAGUGCGGUGCGCUGGAGAGUGUGAAAGCGGCUAGUGAAGUCUACUCCCCGGUGUCCGGAGUGGUCACAGCGAAGAAUACCGCAGUCGAGGAAACGCCCGGUUUGGUGAAUACGUCGUGCUAUGAAGAUGGUUGGCUAUUCAAGCUAAAGCUAACGAAGACGGAAGAAUUGUCGAAGUUGAUGAACGAGCAGCAGUAUACGGAGUUUCUCAAGACUGAUGGGCACUAGGUUCGUCAGUUCCUAUUUGAUGCCCACAAUCUGAGGUCAAAGAUCGUAUGUUGAUAUUGAGCAGCUAAUCUUUCGUUGCCAUAAUCUAUGAAUAUUAGUUACUAGUUGCUACGUCUGAUAAGUCCUAUGUUGAUCGAAUGUUUGUAAUUUAUAUAAUAAAAAUAUCUAAAAUA